CGACAUUUCGCAUGCUCAGAACUCUACAGGCUGCAGCAUAUCGCACACCGAGCGAUACCCUUCGCAGGGAAACAAUAGUACUAGCUGCGUUCGCGACAGAGAGAAUUCGUCAAAAGAAUCUCGAACGGAAAGUGCAUAACCUAAAAAAGAUCAACUAACCACUGUUCGCUUCGGUUCGACGAAUCAGAACGUACCUUUGCAAGCCGGCUUCCAUGGUUUCACCCUUCGCGCGGAUACAGCUACGGGAGAUGUAUUCUCGCGAGAUCAUUCGACGAGCUUUUCCGAUUUAUCCGUUUCGUUUCUAGUUUCUUCUGGCUAGCAACAAUCGAAUCGACUACCGUUUCUGUACACAUCGUCGAGAACGAUCGGUGUUGGUGUGUCCGUCGGUCGUCAUGAUGUUCUCGUGGUCGUGGAAAGUGCGAGAAAAGUGAGAGGUAGUGUGCUUAAACCCUGGCAAGUGCGCGGAUACACGCAUUCACUUAUACACAAAGCGAGAAGGGAUGACGAUGCUGCUAUCAGGAGGGAACCAACUACAGCUUCCUUGAUCCACGAAUAUUCCUCUACGAAAUACCCUCGCUUGGUCCAGCAUAAACACCGGAUACAAGGCAGAGUGAUAUGUUAACCGAAGACAAUGACCCGACAAAACCAGCAGGUGUUCUAGACAAUGCUGGCAACGUGUCUUCAUCCACAGAGGCCUCGGUACAGCACCCUCGUACCACAAACAAUGCUACGGAAGUUAAGAACGAGGUGCAAGAUUGCCCCGAGAACGACAGCGUGCCCGGUGGAGAAUUAUACAUCGAUGAAAAUGCCGAGGAAAAGGAGCAAGAAUAUCCCGAUUCUAUGGAAAAGGCCGACUACAGUUCAUUGUACGGAGCCAAUCAAUACUAUAACAGUAUAUACAACUCACCCCCGUAUGGAUCAGCUACAGCUGGGAAGAACACUUCGAGUUUGCAAAGUUCUUACCUGACCUCGUAUACGUCACCAAGUUCAAUGACUCAAUACUCGUCCUACGCUACUUACAACAGCGGCACACCGAAUUUUCCCAACGUAACCCAAAAUAUAUCGUCCUCUUCUCAGAAGCUAGAUUAUAGCGCCUACAGUAGCAGUUUAUACGGAAACGACAGGGUACCAUUACAGUAUUCCGGAUAUUACCCAAUGCAUGGGUACCACGCGACACCGGCCUCCUUUAACAUUGGGAAUCUAAAUUUUGCUGAAGAUUCGACAAAGUCUGCACUCACGUUGGACGCAACGACUCACGAUGCCAGCGAUCUAACCGCAAGAGAAACCGCAAACAUCGAAGGUAACACGAUUCGGGCGACGGCGAAACCUUGUAGACGCGGAAGGCGUCAAAGCGGAAGUGGAAACAGUAUAGGUUCCGCAGACACGACAGAAGCCGGUCCUGACCGGAUAUUCAUUUGGGACCUGGACGAAACCAUAGUUGUGUUUCACUCGUUGCUCACCGGACAAUUUGCAACGAAGCACCGUAAGGAUCCUAACCUUCUGGCCCAAGUUGCCUACAGAAUAGAGGAGAUGAUAUUUAAUUUGGCUGAUACUCAUUUCUUUUUCAAUGAUAUCGAGGACUGUGACCAAGUACACAUCGACGACGUAUCAUCAGAUGAUAACGGGCAGGACCUGUCUUCUUACAACUUUGCGAACGAUGGUUUCCAAUGUGCGUCUACAAACAACGGUAUAUGCUUGGCUUCCGGUGUUAGGGGUGGUGUGGAUUGGAUGAGAAAACUGGCAUUCCGUUAUCGAAAAAUAAAAGAGAUUUACAGUAAUUACCGGAACAACGUUGGCGGCUUAUUAGGUGCGGCGAAACAAGAACAGUGGCUGCAAUUACGAUCAGAGAUCGAAGUAUUGACCGACAAUUGGCUAACCUCUGCGGUGAAGUGUUUGAGUCUUAUCAAUAAAAGAAGUCACUGCAUUAAUAUUCUUGUUACGACUACGCAGUUGGUACCGGCUCUUUCGAAAGUGCUGCUUUUCGGAAUUGGUGGAAUAUUUCCAAUUGAAAAUAUUUAUUCUGCCUCGAAAAUCGGAAAAGAAAGUUGUUUUGGAAGAGUAAUAGCACGAUUCGGUCGAAGAUGCACUUACGUAGUGAUAGGCGACGAUUCGGACGAAGAAACGGCAGCACGUGCCCAUAACUUCCCAUUUUGGAGAAUAAAUAGUCAUUCGGACAUACAGUCAUUGUACAACGCCUUAGAAAUGGGAUUUCUUUAAACAAGAUGUAUUUAUAAAAAAUAGGAUUGGAUGCGAGAAAAAUGAAUCUGUUCGAAUAUGUCCAAUGAAAGAAUACUUUCACAAGAUAUUUCUAUAUUCUUUAGUGCGCCUUAAGAUAGCGCUUUUAUUGAGCGAACCGUUUUAACAUUCCUACUAUUUAUCGAUCGUAAUUCGUAAAUUUGGGGAUCGACUGUUCCUCUGAGAUCGCCAUAUAUAAUUAAUUACAUGGCUAUUCGUCGAUCGUCAAAUAUGACCGAUCGGAACAGGGUCCACAAGUGAUAUACAAUGCAAGUAACAGAAAGUAACGAAAAAAAAAAGAAAAUCGAAGAUGAAAGAUUUAUAUAUAGUAUGGAGAAUAUUUUCAAUUAAUUCCUGCAUACUUUCGACCAUAUGAUUUAACAAUUGAUUCGUUAACAGUUAUUUUUUGGGUACUUAAACGAGUUGUAUUACUUGCUCUAAAAGCGCGGCAAAUUUAAAAUUGGUCGAAAAUGUUCUUAGAUUCGCAGGCGAGAUACUGUUACGCAUAACUUUGUUAGUUAUAAUAUUUUAAUGAAUAUAUAUUUUGAAAUCUUUGACAAUUUUACACAAAUAUUGUGAUACAGUGUUUAAUCCAAUUAUUUAAUUAUAAAAUAAUCCCAGUAAACGUAAUACAGCAUGGUCGAACGGAUGCUUACUUUGUGGAAGUUUAUAGUCACGUUUUUAUUAGUUAUAUUAUACAUAGGGAAUAUAUUUGACUGAAAUAUUAUUCAUUCGUAUCAUUUAUUUGUUCGUACGUAUUAAAUACUAAUAGAAUAUUUAGGUACAUAUAUUUUUGAAUCGUCCAUAUCAUGGUGUGGUUUAGAAACAUUUUUCAGAUUUCAAAUAUUUCGAAUUAUCCUAGGCAGAUGUAGCAGAUUAUAUAUGUAUAGGUCGUGAGAGUAAUUGAAAUUUAUAAAAUUACGAUAUAUAUUAAGAAUGGCGUAAAAUAACGUUUUCAGAAUGUACGAGUUUAUGUUAUAUACUGAAAAUUUUAAUUAAUAAAAGAAAAAAAAUAGGAUUAGCAAAUGAUAACCAAAGUUAACGUCGUUGAAUAACUGUAAAAUCAAUUUAUAUGUUUUUGAAAUAAUAUCAUAUAUUCAAUAAGUAAACAUUUGCCAGAAUAAUUACGGCAAAAAUUUGUGCAAAUUACAUUCUUAAAUCAAUCAAUUUUUUUUUUUUUAAUUUAGACGUCUAUUUUAUAAUAAAAAGUCAAUUACUUUUUCUAGAAAAACAUGAAAGUUGCUUAUUGUUUGAAAAAUCUAUAGAGAAAUAUAUAAAAUGCAAAGUACAUUAAUACAUGGUUUAGUAAACUUAAUAGCACAAAAUCUGCACAAGCUAUAAAAUCGCGAGAAAACCUAGUAUUAAAUAAAAUUACUUAUUGGUGUAUUAUUCAGUACGAAAUUCGACUGAGUAAAAAGUUUAAAUCAUUCAAAUUAUAUUUAAAAAUUAAGAUUAUAUCAAGAAAUUCAUUUAAAACUGGUAUAUUUAUUUACACUUUUGAGAGAUUAAUUUUUUCAAAUAACUGUAUUUUUAUGUUACAUUCACAUUGUAAUUACACUGAUCAAACAUGACAAGUGUGGAUCUGUGUAUUAAAAUAGAUUGUCGGAUGUAAAAGAAAUUAUGUAACAUUACUACAAUUAUUAUAUAAAAAUUUACACACGAUCAAAUAAUUAAUUAUCCAUUUGAUUUGUAUAAAAUUCCUUUCGUCGAUAUAUUCAAUUUUGUAUGGUACGCACAGCGAUGUAUAAUUUAAGAAACUGUAUUACGUAAAUUGUGCCUAUUGAAAUUACAUAUAUUUUUGUAAGUAAUUGUUAUCAUACUUCCAGUGUCAGGCUUUCCAAUACAACAGAUGAUAGUUUAAUACAA